AUGCGACUCGAACCUGCUGUGGGCGGUGAUCCGAACGUUGUGUUUCACUACCAACCCUUGAACGACACCGGAUCCAAUGUCCAGACUAUUUUCCAAGUCGACUUCAACGUUCUAAACCAGGGAGUCCAAAACACCAUCGCCAUGCCGCACUUUACUUUCCCCGGCGCUAUCACGACGGCCAACAGUCAAGUAGCCGUGCUUAACACCUUCCUCCAGCUCUUCGUCAUCGCCCAGACAGGGGACCCUGCGAACCCUUGGAGGAUCCUGAUGGACUGGCAGAAUCACCUCUGCGUCGUCAUGCCCGCUGGCCCCUGUUUGUCUGGCGACGUGAUGCGAAACCGCCUCUUCUUCUGCACCAAGCCCAAAGGCACUCGUGCACUCUACCUUGCCGAUAAUAAGACUACCCUCAUUAAUUAUAUGCCCGCCAACUAA